AUGGCCUGUCCCGUAAUCUGUUGUAGUUUGCUCCAGAUACAUAAGGUUAUAACGGUCCGAGAACGCAGUCAAAUCGCUAAUGCCAUAGUUGAUGCCUGCCGUCAAGUUGGCUUCGUGUACAUCAUCGGACACGGCAUCGAUGCUGCAACACUCGAAGCCGCGUUUGCGAUUGCCAAAAGACUCUUUGAUCUUCCCAUCGAAGAUAAGAUGAAAGCCCCUCACCCGUCCGGUGGUGCUGUCCAUCGCGGUUACUCCUACCCCGGAUUGGAGAAGGUGUCACAAGAGACAAACGCGAGUGUGGAUGUGAUUUCCUCACUCAGGCAGGUCAAAGAUAUCAAGGAAAGCUACGAGAUAGGAAGUGAUAACGACGACGAACAACCGAAUAUCUGGCUUCCUGAAGAGGUGCUUCCUUGCUUUCGGUCAUUGACGACUGAUUUGUACUGGAAAUGCUUCGAAAUCGCGAAAGAUAUCCUUCGAUUGCUAGCUCGAGGGCUAGGGCUGGAAGACGAAGAUUACUUCGUCAAGCUACACUCAGGGAACUACAAUCAGUUGCGGCUCCUGCACUAUCCCCCAGUACCAGCUGGAGAUAUCGAGUCGCAUAAGUCCUCUAGGAUGCCUGCACACACAGACUGGUGCACGAUGACAAUGCUAUUCCAAGAUGAUUGUGGAGGUUUGGAAGUAGAGGUCCCAAAUAAUCCAGGUGUUUUCGUGCCGGCUCCGCCGAUCAAGGAUGCGCUCAUCAUGAACGUCGGUGAUCUACUGAUGCGAUGGAGCAACGACUAUCUGAAAUCAAUUCAUCAUCGAGUAGGCUUGCCGCCUACCGAUUUCGGGGAUCGUUUCACCGGUCCUGAUCGAAUGACAAGAGCGCGGUAUUCUAUUCCCUAUUUCGUGGCGCCGGACCCCCGAACAUUAGUCGAAUGCCUAUCGUGCGGCGCAUCCCAGACAACGCCGGCCAAGUAUCCUCCCAUCACCUGGCAGGAUUACCGGUUGAUGCGUGCGGCUACACAGUACUAA